AGGCUGCAAAAUAAUUAUGUGAUUGUUAAGGGAACAGACUGUCGGGACAGCACCGUGGUCUGAGGGCUAAGUGUGCAGCUCAUCCGGCUUAGCCGGCGAAUGAGCGACAAAUCCCUUUGUCUACUCGGUCACCCGAAAGACCAAGUUUGUCUGUCCUGCCAACGAAUAUUGCGCCGUCUUUCGAGCCUUGCACUGGUUCCACCGAGGUCGAUCAUAGGUUGGCCUUUAAAUGCGCAGUUGGUAUUACGAACUGCCUCAAACUUUUGCAAAGGGGGUGUGAACUGUGUGACUGUAACUGUACGCCGUAUAAAUUCGCGUCAUCCGCUCCAGAUACAUGGGAGGAAAACACAGGAAAAGAAAGAAAAAAGAGCUUUGUAAAUUCAAAUAUAAGAACCCAAAAAGGAAAAGGAAGGGGAAAAGAGGAAAGAGGAAAUGCCAAGGAUAUCAGUGACUAGGUAGGUACCUACCUUACAACGUAGGAUCAUGUAGUUCGUACCACCUACUCCACGGGGAAAGUAUCAAGUUGGGUGCCUGGAGCCUU